CCCACGGAAGAACCCCGCUACCAGCAUUUCUCGAUAUACAUCAGCGCAACUACUGCCCUACAUAGGUAGAGUUGCUACUACAUCUGUUAAAAGCAAUGGCGCCUGCAAACGUCUCCCAUAGGCAAACACAUAAUUUACUUCUAAUCUCAAAGCUUCUCAGUCUCAGAGAUACUGCAUCACCGCUUACCCUGCUCUUGGAUUCCCUAGAACAACCCGCUACUCCAUUGAUUAAAGAAUAUAUCCGCCGUGCAAAGAUCUCCAAGGUUCAUGUCACACUUAUUGCCUUUGAGACACUAAGACCAUUACACGGCAUUGAUGCAUUUAUUUCUGCCCGGAGGAAAACCCCUUCACAGAUAGUUAAGGAAGUUGGCGUAGCUUAUCAGGCUACUUCGACCAACAACCCUUCUCCCCGGCGUCUUAUCCUGAUAGAUUCCAUUAACCCACUUCUGCGCUCCAAAGUAAACGAUGCGCACUCUCAACUCUCGACAUUUCUAAGCUCGUUUCUCAUACCCUCGAAUCCUUCGGCAUCUAAACUCGAAGUUUCGCUCGUGGUGACUUUCCACCAAGAUGUUCCAAGCCCCCCAGCUCAGUCUCCUUAUUCACCAUCGCCUCAUUCCAUGUUGUCCUACCUUGCAACAACAAUCAUACGGCUUCAUUCAUUCUCCCAUAUAUUAACUCAGAAGGCAGCUAGAGAUCGCAGUCUAGCGGCACCUGUUUUCGGCCUUGAAGAGGAACAGGACGGCGUACUUCUCGGCAGAUUGGACAAACCAGUCGGUAAGGAGUCAGCCGAAGGUCUCGUUCUGGAGAUGGAACAUAGGCGCAAAAGUGGUCGUGGUGUCUUGGAGUGGUAUGUCCUACCUCCUGCAUCACGAUACUCGCCUCAACAUGUGAAGGAGGUUGUAACGUUACUCGACGACCAUCCCUUGUAUCGUCCACCUGAGGAGCCAGAAACUGGUGCGGGCGAAGAAGAGCCUAAAUCUACUUUUGAAUUACGGCUCACUGAUAGACAGAGGAGAGAAAGAGAAGGGGUAGUGCUGCCAUACUUUGAUGCACAACAAGGUAACGGCCCAGGAGAAGGCGGACGUAUCUUGUACGACAUGGGAGAAGAAGACGAUUUCGACGAGGAGGAAGAUGAAAUAUAGGCUUGCACGUAUAGGGUGGCCGUUGACAAAUCUUCCCAGUAAACUGGUACAACAGUUUCUACUACACUUU